AGUAUGGCAGUACCGUAUGAAGUCAAUACGAGUCUAUGAAACAGAGAGAAGAGCGGCCGAAGUCUAGGAUUCCUCUCAGGCAUUUCAUCGAGCACACGCCGUGCAUCUCCCAAACAACCACACUUACUGUAAAACACUACAAGCCUGGUCCAGGAAAGCCGAAAAUGGAACCCUUAUCAACCUCACCAAACUCUGAGCCCCCACCCAAAGCGGAUGAGUCACCGCCUCCCCAGCCCCCACCACCGCCUGGAAACUCCCACCCUAUACCAAAACCAUCAUCCCCUUCAAUUGAUGAAGCCCAAGCCGAUUUGGUUGAGCCAAAGCAAAAAUCCUUCCGGGACACACUAAUCGAUGGGAAUGCUUCCUCAACUCCACCCCUGGUGACCCUAGAAGAACUUAUUGCAGCAGGGGAAAAGAUGGAGACAGUCACUCCAAUGGUAGAAGAUACAGAUAGAAUGGGUGCGCCAAAGAUUCCUAAGGUCAGAAUUCCCAAAGAAAUAUGGCAGCGGCUAUGUGCCCCGUUCAACAACGCAAUCAUAGUUAAGUUACUUGGGAAAUCUGUGCACUUUCACGUCCUCCAAGCACGCUUGAUGAAGGAGUGGCGUACCGAAUAUGAAUAUGAUUUCAUUGAUAUUGGACUUGGUUACUACAUUGUCAAGUUUGCUUCUCCAGAGGAUCGUAUGGCUGUGCUUACAAGAGGUCCGUAUAAGAUUUUUGAUCAUUAUCUAACUGUUCAACCCUGGGAACCAAGUUUUCAACCUGCUAGAGCAAAAGCCCCAAAGACUGCAGUUUGGAUUAAACUGCACGGUGUUCCAGCAAUGUGUUAUCAUGAAUCAGUGGUUCUCUAUUUGGCCAGAAAGUUGGGAAAUCCCAUUAAGGUGGAUAGGGGGACGCUGUUGGCCACCAGAGGAAAGUUUGCUAGGGUGUGCGUAGAGGUGGAUCUGAGCCAGAGACUGCCAUCAACGGUCGAUCUUGAUCUCGAGGAGUUGCCACAAUCGCUCAUUUUAGUUGAAUACGAAGGGCUACACAGAAUAUGUUUUCAUUGCGGUGAAUAUGGUCAUAAGGAAGAGGCUUGUCGUUUCAAAAACCCGACUCUGGUGAAAGAAGAUGGUGGUGGGGUCCCAAAGUUCACCGGAGUCAAUGGUGAUUGUGCUAGAGCAAUUGUGGCACUCAGUCAAACCCUCAAAUCAGAAACUUCAGAAAAUGACAUGAUUUACGGGCCAUGGAUGAUUGCCAAGCGGAAACCAAGGAAAGAAAUACGCGGCAGGAAUCAAGGGCACCGGGAUAUGAAUACAAAUAGAUUUGCAGUUAUAUCAGAUGUGAUGGAGGAAGAUAGAGAGCUAUGGGGCCAAGGAGAUCAUGCUGGAAUAGUGCAAACUGUUUCGCCGAAUAAUCCGGUUGAGACACAAGAACAAAAUACACCCACGCAUGCUACUCUUGACCUUUCAACAGAGAGUCACGAGUCACAAUCACAACAAAUUGAUUUAGGCCCAAGUGUGCCUGUCACUGCAAAGCCUGAAAUGGUGGGUGGAUUGUCUUCUCAACAAACCAAAGUUUCGCCCAAAAAGAAUAGGCUCAAGACCUUAAAACCAAUGUCAAAAAUCUCCAAAACCCCAUCUUCCAAACUAGCAGAAGUAACUCCUAUAACGAAGAAGCAAUCAAGUGUUACACUAGAGAAACAGCCCUCACUCGCUGUCCCACAAGUGCCAGUCCAAACACCUAUCAAUCUAUUGCCUCAAGCACAUUGCAAGAACCCUCAACAAUCCCAUAGGAUGGGUACGCUUAAUUGUCCAGAGGUACAGCAGUUAGCCUCCAACCAACCUACUGAACCUCCUGACAGUCGAAAGAUGAAAGUGAUAACUUGGAACAGUAGGGGCGUGAAAUAUGGCCCUUUCAGAAGGGAAUGCAAAGAACUUAUUAAAAUGAAUAGACCAGACAUCAUUUGCUUUCUAGAAACGAAGGCAGAGUCUCAUGAUGAUUCUAUGGCUUUUAUGAACCGUUUUGGUUAUGACAAACAAUAUCAGGUUCUUUCGCAAGGAAGGGCGGGUGGAUUAUGGUUGUUUUGGAAAUCGAGAGCUGUGGCUCUUGAAGUCUUAUCUUCUUCACCUCAGGACAUACACUGUGUUGUUGGUAAUGGUUUAAACCAGUGGCUGCUUACAUUAGCUUACAUUCAACCUCACUGUUCAAGAAAAGAUACUUUUUGGGAACUCAUGAGGGUUAAAGCUACAUCCAUUUCAGGUAGUUGGGUGGUAAUGGGUGAUUUAAAUGAUGUCAUCUCAACCGAGGAAGUCUCCCCAAGGUCUACGAAUGUGUUCAACAGAUCUCAAACUUUUCGGACCAGAUUAGAAGCUUGCGGACUAUUGACAAAGGAGGCUUUAGGAUGUCGUUUUACAUGGGCCCGAAGGAGUAACGGUCGAACAAUUUUGCGAGAAAGAUUGGACAGAGCAGUGAUGAAUCUUUGUGCCUUGGAGGCAUUCCCAGCAGCUAAGCUUAUAAAUCUCCCUAGACUUUGUAGUGAUCACCACCCAAUAUUGUUGAAUGUAAAACUGGCAGCAUCAUUAACACGCUCCAGGGGUCCACAAAGGUUUGAGGCAACAUGGCUUACAAGGGAGGAUUUUAAACCAGUAUUUGCUAAUGCUUGGAAGGCACAGAAUCAUUCCUUAGAGCGAGCGAUUGAAGAAACAGGUAAAGCUUGUUUUGCAUGGGGUAAAGAGAGUUUUGGGGAUAUAUUCAAGCAAAAGAGACUGUUGAAAGCUCGUCUAACAGGUAUACAGAAUUCCAGUAGUUAUCAUUUUUCCCCUUUUUUACAGAAACUGGAGGGUGAACUCUUGGAGGAAUAUCAUAGAAUCUUGCAUGCUGAAGAAAUAUUUUGGUGCCAAAAAUCUCGUGUGGAAUGGAUUCAAUCGGGUGACAGGAAUACAUCUUUCUAUCAUGCUUUUACAAUUGUCCGAAGAAGUAGAAACCAUAUUACAGCCUUGAAAAUAGGAGACAAUUGGGUGGAGGAUGAUAUGCAGCUACGAAACCAUGUCAGAAGUUUUUUUCAAGAAUUGUUUGCGGCAAGACCAGUAUCAGAAUUGCCAGAAUCUUACAUAGAUUUUCAACCUCAACUGGAAAGCUCUGCCCAUGAGUUGAUCCUGCAACCAGCUAAUAUAGAUGAAGUAAAACAUGCCCUCUUUUCGAUGAAAGGUUUGAAAAGUCCUGGACCGGAUGGGUUGCAAGCUAUUUUUCUUCAGAAAAAUUGGGAUGUGGUAUCAGGUACCUUCAUUCAUUUUGUGAAUUCAGCUUUGGCAAAUGGCUCCUUUGAGUCUUCACUUCUGCAGGCACAUAUUACUUUAAUACCCAAAGGAGAUGCUCCUGAUAUUAUUAAUAAAUUUAGGCCAAUUACCCUUCUUAAUACUGCUUAUAAAGUAUUAUCAAAAGUACUUGUGAACAGGUUGCGACCCUACUUGCAGAAGCUUGUAGGACCUUUCCAAAGCAGUUUUCUAGCAGGGCGAAGUACUAUAGAUAAUAUUGUUCUCACACAAGAGGCAGUGCACAGCAUGCGAAAUAUGAAAGGCAAGAAAGGGGCUAUUGCACUAAAAAUGGAUUUACAUAAAGCCUUUGAUAGUGUCAACUGGAGCUUUCUCGAGAAAGUCUUGAGGGACUUCAACAUUCCAGAGGCAUUAGUUAAACUCGUCAUGUUCUGUGUUUCAACGAUUAAACUCUCUGUGCUUUGGAAUGGGGAGCCUUUACCUUUUUUUGAUCCACAAAGAGGCUUAAGGCAGGGAGAUCCAUUGUCGCCUUACCUUUUCAUUAUGGUCAUGGAAAAGCUGUCACACAUGAUUCUUAGCCGCCUGCAGUCUCGAUCUUGGAAGCCUAUUAAAAUUGCAAAAAGGGGUCUUGCUUUGUCACAUUUAUUUUUUGCAGAUGACUUGAUGCUUUUUUGCGAAGCUUCUCAUUCUCAACUCUCAAUGGUUAUGAAUUGUUUAAAGGAGUUUGCUGGAUACUCGGGACUGGAGAUUAACUUAGCAAAGUCAAAACUCUAUAUAUCACCUAACAUCCAAGCUGCAGUAGCCAAUUCCUUAAGUAGUGCUUGUGGUAUCCCACUCACGUCUAACUUAGGCACAUACUUGGGGGUGCCAAUUAUCCAUGGAAGGAACUCGGCAACUACAUACAAGUAUAUACUUGAAAGAAUGCAGUUGAAACUUGCUAAUUGGAAGAGAAGUUCGCUAAGUUUGGCAGGUAGGAGGACACUAAUUCAGUCGGUGACUUCUUCAAUUCCAGCAUAUACGAUGCAGACGGUCAUUUUACCUCAGAGCAUUUGUAGUUCAAUUGACAAAAUUAAUAGGACUUUUCUCUGGGGUUCAGAUACAAGGAUUCUGAAACCUCAUCUUGUUAGCUGGGAAGCUGUUUGCAGAAGUCGAGAACAGGGAGGACUUGGGCUAAGAGCAGCAAGGGAAAAUAACAGAGCAUUGAUAUCUAAGUUGGGAUGGAGGGUGUUAACAGGGGAUGAGGCGCCCUGGUGCAAGGCAAUGAGACAUAAAUACUUGUGCUCUUCCUCCUUUUUUAACGUCAAAGCAGGACCAGGGUCAUCGGCAACCUGGCGGAGCAUUCUUCAAUGCAGGGAUGUUAUCAAAGAGGGUUCUGUCUUUCAUGAAUCUUUAAACAUGCCUGUGUCUAGUGUCAUCACUAACACAAUGAAGUGGAAUGCGGACCUCUUAAAUGAGCUGCUGCCACCAACUCAAGUGAAUGAAAUCCUUUCAAUCCCACUUUCUUCAACAGCCUGCGCAGGGGAUAAAAUGGUGUGGAACUUGUCAGAUAAUGGAGUCCUUACUAAUGUUGUCCGUUAUGAGCGACAUAUCACUGUAUCACCUUAUUGUCCUCGAUGUGAUGAUGUAAUUGAAACUCCAUUGCAUCUCCUACGAGAUUGUCCAUUUGCAGUUCAGGUAUGGAAUAAAGUUGGUUUUGGGGGGCAGGAUUUUUUCCAAUUGCCCUUAUCAAAAUGGAUAGAGAGUAACUCAAGAAAGCUAGCCCUGGUGCAAAAUGGAGGUAUGCCCACUGAUAUUCUUUUCCUCUCCACCAUAUGGCAAUUAUGGAAGUGUAGGAAUAAUCUGAUAUUUAGAGCUGCUAAUUUGCCAGCCCCUAAACUUUGUGAUUUUAUAAGUAGCUAUGCUAUAGAUACUUAUCAGGCAAUGGCCAGCAACAUAUUUGUGCAAACAAAAGUCCCUAUUUGGAUAAGUUGGCACCCACCGAAUCCACCUUUUUGCAAGUUGAAUACGGAUGGCUCUAGAAUGCAGGAGACAGGAUUGGCAAGUGCAGGUGGAUUGUUGCGGGAUUCUUCGGGAACCUUUAUUCAAGGUUUCUCAGUGAACAUUGGUCAAAUCUCAGUUUUCCUGGCAGAGUUAUGGGGUUGCAGGGAAGGACUGAUUUUGUGUAGGAACAAAGGGAUUAGUCAUUUAGUUGUGGAGAUGGAUUCCUUGUCAGCGGUGCAGGUUAUUGAAGGAUCCAAGGAACAGGAUAGCCUAGCGGCAGUGCUGGUGGAAGAUAUCCGUCGUUUGAGAGGAGGAUUUAUUGCCUUUAGCAUACAGCACACCCUACGUGAAGGUAAUCGUGCUACUGACUUUAUGGCUGAAAUUGGGCAUAAUUUGCCUACUGGAACCACAGUUUUUGAUUCGCCUCCACCUGGUGUCAUCACUUUCCUGGAAGCGGACACGUUGGGCGUAGCAUUCUUGCGCCAUUAAUUACUUAGCUUUAUCAGUUGUAUCAAAAAAAAAGUACCGUAUGAAGUUGGCAAUGCCGUUAACGAUUUUGGAAUGUUAAUUAUUAGCAGUCCCCUCUCAUAACCAAACAAUCAUUUUCCUUAAGAUUCCGGGUAUGGAUCCCUUUUACUACUUUUUUUUCUUAAGUUUAUUUAUUAAAAAUAUAAUAUAUAGUAAAAAUUUAU